AGAUUCAUGCGAGUGAUAAAGUUCUUUGCGCAUGUAACUACUGUUCAUCUUUGCUUCGGCUAUUCUGCAUUUCCGCCAGAAUUGUUUUUGGCGGGAAGUGUUGAGAAGUGUUGACAUUACUCAUGAAAUAUGCAGAUACCAGUGAAAAUUGCUGAUGGCAGUAAACUGGGUGAAUGGGCCUUUAUUGAGUUACAAGGAGACCUUCGAAACAGAUCAAAUGACACUCUACAUUCUCAGUUUAUUGGAGACUUGCAUUACACAGAAAAGGGAGUCCCUGUUCUAAUAGUUGGCCACCAUAUCCUUUAUGGCAAGGAACAAGCACUGGAGAAACCAUUUAUUGUGGCAGAGCGUGUCAGGCACAAGUCAGAAGAUAGCACCAGAACAGAGUACCUUGUGCGUGCAGUUGUAAAAAGAAAACUUCUCUUCAAGUCACGUCCAAAACCCAUUAUCGCAACAGUAAAUAAGUCUGUUUGAACAUUAUGAACAGUGGUUUGAAAUGUGUUGACCGUAUAUUUUAUUUUAUGUGUACCAUAUAUUUUGUAGAUUUAAUACGCCCCUGUCUCUAAAGUUUUUUGAUAGUAUGUGUUGUAAAUAUUUCGAAGAAAACAAUAAACAUGAUAAAAAUUAAA